AUGUUCCAUCUGAGCAUUCAACAAGGUACGUCCAAGGAUCGAACCUUACCCAUCGAGGAGACCGGCUACUUCGCGGCGCCAUCCGUGAAAAUGCCCCGCCCCCUGCGAUCGGAUUGGAGGACUGGCACGGGUAAAUGGGAUCCCAGUCAGAAACGGGUUCCCUUAAAACACCCACUUCGCAUCUGUCUCAGUCGCAUCGGCCGGUGCGACUAUGGGCUUCCUGUGCCACCUCUUCUCGGUUGCUUCGACACCCCAGAAGAAGUGGCACAAGGUUUAAAGCGUAAACAUCAU